AUGGAGAAAAUGUUGUAUUACAUUCUUGCAUAUGCAUUCCUCACUAUGACCUUUCAAACACCUUGUUUAGCCAAAAUGAGCCUUGCCACUGAUCAAACUGCCCUUCUUUCACUGAAACAACGUAUCAUCUCUGACCCUUCUCAUAUACUCGCAACAAAUUGGACUAAUUCGAGCUCCGUCUGCAGCUGGAUCGGCGUCUCUUGCAGCUCGCGCCACCAUAGAGUAUCCGCAUUGAAUCUCUCUUACAUGAAUCUCUCCGGCACCAUUCCACCACAGCUCGGGCACCUCUCCUUCCUCGUCUCCCUAGACCUCACCAACAACAGCUUCACAGGUUCCAUCCCCAAAUCUCUCUCAAACCUAACUAACCUACAAUUUCUUGAAAUAUCUUUCAAUACUCUGAGUGGAGAGAUCCCAAAGGAGUUAGGGAAACUUGGGAAUUUGCAAACGCUGGGGAUCGAAUUCAAUUAUUUCUCUGGUGCUAUACCAUCUGAGAUAUUCAACAUGUCGAAGCUGGUGCAUAUAGCAUUCAGUGAAAAUGAAUUGAGUGGAAGUCUUCCGACGGACAUUUGCAGUAAUCUUCCAUUUCUUGCUGGGAUUUAUCUCUCCGAAAAUCAGCUGAGUGGCGCAAUUCCAACAAAUCUAUCCCUAUGUUCACAGCUGCAGUUGUUGUCCCUAUCUGGCAACUCUUUGAAUGGGCAGAUACCUGCAGAAAUCGGCAACUUGUCUUCUCUUCGGAUAUUAUACCUCGGUUAUAACAGUUUGAAUGGUACACUACCACCUGAGAUUGGCAAUCUUCACAACCUGGUUGGUUUUGGUGUUGAAAAUAAUCAGAUUCGGGGCUCAUUGUCCUUAAAUAUUUUCCUGAAUAUGUCUUCUCUGCAAGAUUUAUUACUAUGGCGCAACUAUUUCACUGGGAAUCUUUCAAGGGAUUUUGGGAAUCUUACAAUGCUAACCAGCUUUUCAAUCUCCGAAAACUACAUGACAGGGAUUAUUCCUACUAAAUUUGGCCGCCUUCGUCGACUGGAGAUAUUAGGUUUAGGGGGGAACAGCUUCAGCGGAACUAUUCCACAUGAGCUCUUUAACAUUUCAACUCUUCAAAUCCUUGACCUUGUUAAGAAUGCUAUAUCCGGAGUUCUUCCAACCAAUAUAUGCCAUACCUCCCCCAUUCUUCACGCGCUUAAUCUUGCAGAAAACUCAAUCUCUGGACCAAUACCAAAUUCCAUAUCCAAUUGUUCUCAACUCAGAAUUCUCGCAUUUGGUGAUAACAAAUUGAGUGGUUAUAUACCUAUGGAUCUCGGCAACCUAAGACUUCUCCAAAGUCUCCACCUGCACGGAAACAAUCUUACAAAUGCACCAUCUUCUUCAAACUUGGGCUUCAUUAUAUCAUUGUCAAAUUGCAGGUCUUUAACUUAUUUGUAUAUUUCUGAUAAUCCUCUAUACGGAAUCAUUCCAGAUUCCAUUGGGAAUUUAUCUUCCUCACUUGAAAUAUUCAGAGCCGCCCGCUGCAAAUUAAAUGGCAGCAUUCCUGUUCAAAUAGGUGGUUUACGAGGCUUGAUGAUCUUGGAUUUAGAGGGAAAUGAGUUAUCUGGUAAUAUUCCCUUCUCCAUUAAACACUUGCAUAAGCUUCAAGCAUUAUAUCUUGGUUCAAACAUGUUGCAAGGCUCCAUUCCAGAGGCUGUAUGUGAUUUAUACAGCCUUAAUAUUUUCAAUAUUAGCCAAAACCAACUAUCGGGUUCAAUUCCUAAAUGUUUGGGAGACAUCUCUUCUUUAAGAGAGAUUUAUAUGUACUCCAACAUGUUGAAUUCAAGCAUACCAUCAAGCUUAUGGGAUCUAAAAGAUUUGCUGAUUCUUGACUUGUCCUUCAAUUCAUUGAGUGGUUUUUUACCUCAAGAGAUGAGUAAUUUAGGAGCAGCAAUCUCUGUAGAUCUAUCAAUGAAUCAGUUAUCAGGGUCUAUUCCGAGCACUUUCGGAAAGCUACAAAAUUUAGCUAAUCUGUCUUUGGCAAAUAACAAACUUGAAGGUUAUAUUCCAAUUUCCAUGGGAAGCAUGAUAAGUUUGGUGAGUCUUGACUUGUCCCACAACAACCUCUCUGGUUCAAUUCCAAAGUCUUUGGAAACACUUCAAUUUCUCAACUACUUUAAUGUCUCUUUCAAUUCUCUGAGUGGAGAAAUUCCAAGUGGUGGUUCUUUCAGAAACUUCACUACGGAUUCUUUCAAGGAAAAUGAGGCAUUGUGUGGAAUUCAAAGGUUCCAUGUUCCAAUUUGUCCAGUUGUUUCUGAUCACAGAUCAAAGAGGAAAAAGGUGGAACGAGCUUCAUUUAUUGCGUUUGGGGUUGCGACUUUCAUUUCAAUUGUUUCUCUAGCUUUUAUCUUUGUCAGAUACAGAAGGAAAGACAAGACAACUAGAGAUGUUGAUGAGCUGAUAUCCAUUGUGCCCGAAAGGAUCUCUUAUUACGAACUUCUGCAAGCGACUGAGCAUUUCAGGGAGAGCAAUCUGCUUGGCACUGGGAGUUCUUGCUCUGUGUACAAAGGAAUUCUUAACAAUGGGAAGAUUGUCGCGGCUAAAGUGUUUAAUCUUCGGUUAGGAGGUAUUUCAACGAGAUUUGAUGUCGAAUGCCACAUACUUCGUAGCAUUCGACAUAGGUGUCUCAAUAGUGUCAUUAGUUGUUGUUCCAAUGAAGAGUUCAAGGCAUUAAUACUUGAAUAUAUGCCCAAUGGAAGCCUUGAGAAAUGGUUAUAUUCUCACAACUAUUUCUUGAAUUUCAUGGAAAGAUUGAAUAUAAUGAUUGAUGUAGCAUCGGCUUUGGAGUAUCUUCACGGUGGCUAUUCGAUGCCUAUUGUCCAUAGUGACAUGAAGCCAAGUAAUGUUUUGUUAGACGAAGAUAUGGUUGCCCGUGUAAGCGACUUUGGGAUAGCAAAGUUGCUCUGCGAUGGAGAUAGCAUGGUGUUAACCAAGACCCUAGGAACAUUUGGUUACAUUGCUCCAGGUGAAUUGUUAUUCAACAUUAAUUAUGUAAAAUAUUUUAUUAAUUUCAAUUUUUUUGGGGAUUGUAGAGUAUGGUUCAGAAGGACUACUCUCCACAAGGUGCGAUGUCUAUAGCUACGGGGUCAUGUUGAUGGAAGUCUUUACUAGAAAAAAGCCAAGUGACGACAUAUUUGUUGGAGAUCUAAGGUUGAAGAGUUGGAUUGAGAGGUCAGUUCCAGAAUUCACAUAUCAAGUUAUAGAUGCCAACUUACUUAUGAAUGUUGAUGAAGAACAUGGCGACAAAAUAGUGGAAUUCACAUCUUCCAUAUUGGAGUUGGCAUUAAAGUGUUGUGCAGACUCUUCUCGUGAAAGGAUUGAUAUGAAAGAAGCUCUAACAAAGCUGCAGAAAAUCCAACGCGGGUAUUUGGGAUGUAGCUUAAAUCAGAGUGGGGAAGGCCUUACAAAGUUGUUUACCUAUGAAUGCCAAGACUGUGGAUAAUAUCUUAUUAACACAAUUUAAAAAAAUA